AUGGAUGAGAUCAUCAAGGAGCGGCUGACCGGCGUGGAGUACGAGGCGGACACGUGCUCCAUGCUCGCCAGGGACAUCAGCGACGAGAUCAAGUUCAAGCUGAAGGAGCUCGGCUUUGAGGAGCGAUAUAAGUUCGUGGUGCAGGUGGUCAUCGGAGAGGAGAAGGGCGAGGGGGUGAGAAUGGGGUGCAGAUGCUUCUGGGACCCAAAGACGGAUAACCACGUGGCGACGCAGUUUCACAACGCGACAAUCUUCUGCGCAGCCGCCGCGUUUGGCAUCUGGUUGUACUGA